ACGUUGACAUCUGUCUGGUACUAGACUGGUGGAUAGGAAGAAGGUCCCAUCUCUGGCCUGUUUGUGGAAGCUGGGAUGAUGAAGGCACUGCAGUGGGACCGUGCGGUCGUACAGGGUUGAAGCUCCAGCCCAUGUCUGGUAGUUAUAGAGCAAUUGGAAGGGUUACGUGCAGAGUUCUGGUAAAGAUGGAAGAAUCUCAUUUCAACUCCUCCCCGUACUUCUGGCCGGCCGUGCCCACCGUCUCGGGACAGAUUGAGAACACCAUGUUUAUUAACAAGAUGAAGGAGCAGCUAUUGCCCACAGAGAAGGGCUGCAGCCUGGCUCCUCCCCACUACCCUGCCUUGCUGACAGUCCCCACCUCUGUGGCCCUCCCCACUGGUAUUUCCAUGGACUCGGACACCAAGCCAGAGCAGCUGACACCACACAGCCAAGCCCCCGUGACUCAGAACAUCACCGUGGUACCAGUGCAGUCUGCUGGGCUCAUGACAGCAGGUCCCGGUCUGGUCAUAACUUCCCCAUCAGGUUCCUUGGUGACCACAGCCUCCUCUGCCCAAACCUUUCCCAUCUCAGCUCCCAUGAUUGUCUCUGCAUUACCCCCUGGCUCCCAGGCAGCCCUCCAGGUGGUUCCUGACCUGUCCAAGAAAGGGACAACAACCACCCUCUCCGAAGGUGGUGGGGGUGGAGGGGGUGGGGGAGUUGCCCCCAAACCACCCCGGGGCCGGAAGAAGAAGCGAUUGCAGGAGUCGGGGCUGCCAGGGAUGAGCGAUCCCUUUGUGCUGUCAAAUGAGGAUGAUGAGGAGCAGCACAAGGAUGGCAAGACAUACAGGUGCCGGAUGUGUUCGCUGACCUUCUACUCCAAGUCGGAGAUGCAGAUCCACUCCAAGUCCCACACGGAGACAAAGCCACACAAGUGUCCUCACUGCUCCAAGAGCUUCGCCAACAGCUCCUACCUGGCCCAGCACAUUCGCAUCCACUCGGGGGCCAAGCCCUACACGUGCAGCUACUGCCAGAAGGCCUUCCGCCAGCUCUCCCACCUGCAGCAGCACACACGUAUCCAUACUGGGGACCGACCCUAUAAAUGUGCUCACCCUGGGUGUGAAAAGGCUUUCACCCAGCUUUCCAACCUGCAGUCCCACAGACGGCAGCACAACAAAGACAAACCUUUCAAGUGCCACAACUGCCACCGUGCGUACACGGAUGCUGCCUCCCUGGAGGUACACCUGGCGACCCACACAGUGAAACACGCCAAGGUCUACACCUGCUCCAUCUGCAGCCGGGCCUACACCUCGGAGACGUACCUGAUGAAGCACAUGCGGAAACACAACAUCCCUGACCCACAGCAGCAGGUGGUUCAGGCGCAAGCCCAGGCCUCUCAGCAGCAGCAGCACUUCCAGCCGCAGGGUGGAGGGGCAGCAGGGGGCCCUUCUGGAGACACUAACCCACCCAACCCUCCCCCCCAGUGCUCCUUUGACCUGACUCCUUACAAGACUUCAGAGCAUCACAAGGACAUCUGCCUCACUGUCAGCACCAGCGCCAUCCAAGUGGAGCACCUCUCCAGCUCCUAGAGAGACCUCAACCCAGGGAGCAGAAAGCCUCUUGUGCAUAGCCUGCGCCCAGGGGCACCGCUUGUGCAGCGGCCCUCCUCGUGCAACAGUCUCCGGCCUCUCCUCCUGCAACAGCCUCUUCUGGCCGUGUAACCCUGUUCAUGGCAGCCCCUUGAACAACAGCCUGGCUCAAGGGGGUGCUCCUUCUGUGCAACAGCCUGCCUGGUAGGAGGAUGCUUCCUCGUGCAAGAGCCCCUUUCCUGUGCUGGGAUCACUCCCUCAUGCAAGAGCCCCUCCUUUCAAACCCAAAGAAAGGCCCCGGUUUUGCCUUCUCUCUCCCUGUAGGAUGUGUCUGAAGGGGGGGGUGCGUGUUGAGACGUGCAUGGUGGAUGGGAUGGAGAAACGGUCCUUGUCUGUACAGGGGCUCGGACACAUGUUUUCAGCAGACUACAGAAGAAUGUGGCAGGGUUCACAGCUGGAUGGUGUUAUUUGAGGAUUUCCUUGAGUGUCUAAGAGAGAAAUAUCCAUUCCUGUCCCUCCCACUUGUGAAAGGGAGGAAGGGUCACUCGUCCUGCUCCAAGGACUGCAUGGGAGAAACCUCCUCCCCAGUGGAAGGUGAGACCAGUGCCGGGGAGGGAGAGGUGAGGAAUGUUCUCUGGGCAAGGCAGGUGCCUACACUGCCUGAGGGCUCUGGAAUAUCGCACUCUUUCUCCUCCCCUGGUGGAGAGCAAUAGAGGGGAGUCUGUUUGAGCUGGCUGCUGCCUCUCUCUCCCAGCUGUCUGAGCAGCAUGAUGGCCAAGGCCCUGUAGGAGUGUGGGUUCCUGCUCAUUGCCCUUCCUGCCUGUUGUGGAUGAUGCCCUAGCAGCUUGUAUUCCUCCUCUCCCUACUGCUUCCCCUCACCUCCUCAGAAAAGCCUGCAGGCAUCAACAACAAACCAAAAAGCAACUGGAGGGAGGGUAAGAGACUGCCAAAAUAAUCAUCACCCUUCUCUCUACUCCCUUUCCCGAAAGGCGGAACAACAGCAGUUCUGACUCCCACACACUUGUCCUGCCCCCAGUUUCCCAAAGGGAAGGAGGAGGAGGAAUAGACCAGUCUUAUCAAGGAGCUGGCAAGAGGCAGGGAAAGGCUAGCUUCUCCUGCUUGCCUCCUGUCAGAGUGCUCUCCUGGGCUCCCUCUUGCCAAGACGGGCUGGACUCACAUGGCAGUGGUGGCCUCUUCUGGACCCUGGUCAUGGGAGAGAAUCCCCAAAAGGUGGACAGUGGAGAGAAGGGGAUGAAGAUCCCCACAGAGAGACCAAUCUAAUGAGAAGGGGGAGCCAACAAGGAUAAACUGAAGGCCCCUUGAAUUUAUAUAUAUAUAUAUAUAUAAAUAUCUAUUCCCCACCCCUGGCCCGCUCUGUCCUUGCUGUAACUGUUUCUAUCUCUGUGUUUAUAAAACGCAUUAUCCUGGCGAAUUUUUAUUUUCAAUCUUCGUUUGUUUUUUCCCUUUCUCUUCGUCUUCAAUUCUCCUUCCCCCUGUUUUGUUUUGGUUAUUUUAUUGGUCCACAUGACUACUAGUCUUGUGUGUCACUUGUUAGUUUCUUUGGAUCAUGGAGGCUGACUCAGAAGAGAAUGAGAAGGCGAGGGAAAAAGCAUAUAUUGUUGGGAUUUAAAUUCAAUCACCCACCCAAAGCUUAUAGAAUCCCAGACUUCUGUAUGAACAACCAGUAGGGGCUUUUUUUUAAAACAAACAAACAAACACCUUGUAUAGAAAUAAAUUGGUGUAAAAGGCUCCUUGAAGGUGCAGCUGUGAGCAGCCUGCCCCUGUGACGUGUGUUCCUUCCCCCUGCACCAGAGCACAAGCAUCUUGCUGCUG